AUGUCUGUUUCCCGCCCCAAUGUGCUUCGAGUCAAGCGGAAAAGAGGUCAGGAUCCUCUCCAGGCGCUCGUGCUUGAGAAUGUUCCCGCUUCCAAACGUUCAAAACAAAACACCCCUGCCAAUUCGAGACCAGGUACUCCAUUGAGAACUACCCCAACUUCCGGGGGUAGCAGCUACUACCUCUUGGCCCUGGCCGGGACCUCGGAAUUAGCUGGCGAUGCGGUCUUCUCAGUACUCGCUGAAGACGUGGGGGCCCUGAAAAAACGAAAAUUUUACCUUCCAAAAUCGCUGUGGGAGGACCCAGCAGUUCCCGAUGAGCUCUCAGAUAUGGUACAGUCUUUUUUGGAUGUCAAUGGCUCCGAAAACAAUUCCAGUCAUAAACGAAGGACAAGAAACCGUAAGGAAAAUGCUGAGAAUUCUGCUCCUGUUGAAAUUCCUAGCGAAUAUGUUUAUGAUACCUACCACCUUUCGGAACCGAUGACAUCGGCCAACCAUCCUCAAUCCCAGAUCGGUUACGUUCGUUUUUUCGACGAGGAAAACGACUUGUACCAGUCCGAUGAGGAAGACGAUACGGCCCAUAAGGUGUAUUCCGACGACGAGGAUUCCAAUGCUGAAUCUUUCUACCAAAACGAUUAUCCCAGCGACGAAGAUGCCGAGGGUUUGGACCCAGAAGUGAUACUUCAGGAUGGAGAAGAGGCACCAGACGAGCUCGGAAAUACCGAUGAACUUUACGAAAACUUCUUUCAUGGCGACGAUAGCCCAGUAAACUUUGUUGAAGAUGGGUCUGAAAGCGAACACGAGCAAUUUGAACGACAACGGUUUUUCGCCCAUGACGAAGACGACGAAGUGGCAUUGCACCGUGAUAAGAUUUUCGGCAAAUUGCAACGUAUGAUUGACGAAUGA